GCACUUGUCGUUUCACAAAAAAAUGGGUUCAAGGUACAGUAUUUUCAUGACCAGAGAGCAAAUUUUCUGUUUGACAAUUUAGUGAAUUUGUAAUCGUCUUGGGUCGCAAUUUGUGAAGUUAAUCUGCAACAGAGUGCAUUUGGUCGUCAAGAGACGUUUGUGAGGCGGUGUCAUUACAGAGGAGAAGCUACAACAGGAAAAGCACAAGAACACUGUCGCCAGGCACCUUUGGAACAUCAGUAUGGCAGAGCCACAGAGGGUGAGAGAUUUGCCUGAGGAUGUAGACACAGAUGACUGCAUGACUUCAUACACUCACAUUUACAGUCCAGAUUUACUCAAAGACCAAGUGGCGUUCAUAACUGGAGGGGGAACUGGAAUUGGACUGCGCAUAGCUGAAGUGCUCAUGAGGCACGGCUGUGACACAGUGAUUGCCAGCAGAAACUUGGAAAAGCUGACAGAGGCUGCUAAGAAGCUGAUGGCAGCAACUGGACGCCGCUGUCUCCCUCUGCCCAUUGACGUGCGACAGCCCCAGACCAUCUCCGCUGCCGUGGACGAGACGCUGAAAGAGCUGGGCAGGAUUGAUAUCCUCAUUAAUAAUGCUGCUGGAAACUUCCUGUGCCCUGCAAUCUCCCUCUCCUUCAAUGCCUUCAAGACAGUCCUGGAGAUUGACACCAUGGGUACAUUUAACACCAGCAAGGUGGUCUAUGAGAAGUGGUUCAAGGACCACGGGGGUGCCAUUGUAAACAUCUCUGCCACCCUCGGCUACAGGGGUCAGGCUCUCCAGGUGCAUGCUGGCUCUGCCAAGGCUGCCAACGAUGCCAUGACCAAGCACCUGGCUGUUGAAUGGGGACCAAGUGGGGUAAGGGUUAACACCCUGGCACCAGGUCCUAUUUCUGGGACAGAGGGCUUCCAUAGACUGGGUGGCAACAGAGCAGACAGCAUGGGCGCCUUCUCAUCCAUUCCGCUGCAGCGGGCAGGCAACAAGACUGAGAUGGCCCACAGCGUGCUGUUCCUGGCCAGCCGCGCCUCCUCCUAUGUGACGGGCCACAUCAUGGUGGCUGACGGCGGGAGCUGGCUCACCUCAGCCAAUGAUGUUUCCAUGCUGCUCGGCUAUUGGUCAGCUGAACUGAAGAGAGACAAGUAGAUGGUGAAGAAGAAGUGGCAGAUUUUGAAUAAUCUGCUAAAUAUAAAUCAAUGGAUUUGCCAUGUAUGAUCUUUGAGACUGGAAAGCUACCAUAGCUGAUAGUGGUUAAGUGGACAAUAGGAGUUAAACACAAAUAUUGACUGGAAAUGAUUGACCUAAAAAGACACAUCACAGCCACAUGUUGAAAACGGGAUAGAUUGGCCCAAUCAUGUUUCAAGCGUUGGAUAAUGAGUUAAUCCACACCAUUUAAAAAAAAUGUAAUUACUAUAUACAAUAACUACUUUGGAUUAAGAAUCAAUAUGUUGAUGAACGUGAUUAGUAAAAUCGCCUUCUGUAGUUGUUGAAUCAUGUAGGCUAGUUGUUGAAAUUACAUUGUAAAGCACUUACAAUUUCCAUACACAAUGUCCAGAAAUGUUCCUAAUAAACCUUGACAUAAUGACAUUUAAAAA